AUGGUAACCGGGCCAGGAAACACCAAAGUGACCGCUUUCAAAUAUCACUUUAGCAAUCGAGGGCGCUUGACGAAGCGGUCGCCGCUUAGCGGUUAUUCGGCUCAUGAGGUCGGCAUUGAUCCACACAUUUGGAGAUACGUCCAGGGUGAGGAGCAGGCGGCUAGGAAGCAAUCGGUAUCUGGUCCGCCCGCCUCAGCUCGACAAUGCGAUUCAAUCUCAUCGGGUCUCUUCACUCUACCUGACCUCGACGACGACGACGACGACGACGACGACGACGAUCCAGAAGAACCGCAGCAUAAAUACGACGAUGAAGACGAAUCCGACAGAGAUUACGUAUAUUCCGAAGCCAGUGGAGUCGACGAGCCGCCCCCAAAGCGGAAGAAGACGGCAGCUCAAAGCGACAGAACCCAACUCCGAGCGAUCAAGGAAGAGCUCGCCGCAGUUCGCAAGAGAAAGGACGAGUACAAGGAGCGGUGUAAGCAGCUCGAGGACGCUUGCGAACGCAAAUGCCAGCUUGCCACCGACCAGGCCGACCGAAUCGAUACGCUGAAGGAAACGUGCUCGCGACUCAAGCUGGAACGUCGCCAGCUAAGGACCGAAAACACCCGCCUUAGGAACGAUCACGAGGCGUUGCAACAGCAGACUGGAGAUCAGGGUCAGCUUGCGGAAGACCUUCAUCGCAUGACACAGUCCUUUGACUUCGCUAAGGGACGCUACGCUGAGCUACACUAUUUCGCUACUAAUGCAGGUGUAAACGUUCCGGACUAUAUGUUGACGGCCUACCCCCCUUGGUCCAAUUGA